AUGUCGCAUCGCCGCACCGGAACGGAUCGAAGCACGGCUAGAGUUGCCGAUCUAGGCUUUGCACCGCUCAUUGAGACUCUUGAGUCCACACAUACUACAUCUGAUGAGCGGAUGUAUGCGCUUGUACAGCUAGAGCAUAUUGUAUCCCAACGUGUCCUACAAGGCCUUCCUGAUGUGCAGCGCCAAGCACAUGAAUUGGGCAUGCGACGUCAAGUGUUCUAUAUUAAGAUGGAAAAGUGCUGCGACUGGACAUUUAUUGAUCAGGGUGUGCGUCUUCAUGGUGCGUGUCUGUCCUCGUCUCACAUGUAG